AUGGGCUUUUUUGAUAAUGUCAAAUCUUUUUGGCAUUCUGUCACCACCGACGACCACUAUGCCAGUUAUGGCUCUCCGUACAAGAACUCCACCGCUGGGGGCUCCAUUGAUCCUACAUCAUCCACGGCGAGACUAGCUGAUUUAAACAACUCGCUGAGCCAUUCUUUGGUUGGCUCACGUACAGCUUCCACGACAAACGUGGCUGGCUACAGACCUGGAUUGAGGUCGCUGUCAACCAAUUUGAUUAACCAAGGCGGUGACGUACAGAUGCAGACAUUAAAUCGUGAAGGGCUCCCACCAUUGCCUCCUGUUGACUCGUUGUGGGAGAGAAUCGAAAAGUGGUUGGAGGAAGAGUACCCUGAGUUGGAGGACAGCUUGAACGACGGGGCUUCCACGGCCGACUUGAACGAGUUCGAAAAAGAUUUGGCUAUUGGGCCGUUACCUGUAGAAGUUCGUCAGUUCUUUAAGAUCCAUGACGGCCAAUUUAGGGGAGGCAAGCCCACGGGGUUGAUUAUGGGCUUGACCUUCUUGGACAUGGAGAGCAUCAUGGAGGAGUAUGCUGUGUGGGCAAAAGUGGCUGAAAGAAUUGAAAAGCAGGUGAUUGCCAUCAAUCAUCAGAAAAGCUUGCCUGAAGAGGCUUCGCUGGCCUCUUUUAUCAAUAGCGAGAGACAGUUGAACAACUUCCUUGCCCACCAGAAAUCUGUGCCUGUAAAUGCCGUCCAGUCGUACUAUAUUCAUCGUGGAUGGGUUCCUCUUGUGAAGGAUCCUUGUGGUAACUUGAUUGGUCUUGACUUGGCUCCAGGUCCUGCUGGCGUCCGCGGCCAGAUCAUCUUGUUUGGUCGUGAUUUUGAUACCAAAGUUGUCAUUGCUAACAGUUUGCAGGAGUUUUUGUUCCAGUUUGUCACCGACUUGGAAGUCGGCAACUUCCAAAUUGAUCAGUCUGAGUCGAACACCGAUAACGGAUUUUUGGACAGUGCACAGAACGACGACUACAUGAUUGGUGAUGAGGAUGAAGGUAACGGUGAACUUGCAUUUUUGGACCGUGACGGCGGAGAGUUUGGUUCAGAACUCAGAGGUAAGCUCAGCUACAUCGAGGUUUUAAAGAGAAGAGCUUUGAAGAGAUACAGCGUGCCCAACGCAGACAAGUUCCAAACAGCAUUUACUCCUCAUGCGGUCAGGAAGAGGCCACAGCGUCCAGCAGAAGGAAUCUCGCCUUCCAGGAGUGGAGGUAGCACGGCGAAGCUUGUCAACAUCGAUAGCUCUGUCGAGCUUCCCAAGGAGACUUUGAUCGAUGACAGCUCCAAGGGCGAUGAGACAAAGGUGACUUCCAAAGAUGAUGACUCGGCUGAAGGCAAACGGGAUACACAGAAAAAAGAUGUCGCCACGAAUAAAAAGGAAUUGACUGAUGAAGCACCGGCGAACAACAGCGACGAUACCUCAGAAGAGAAGAAGGAAAACAAGAACUCUGAAGCUCAUGCGGAAGUGGAACUCUAG